AUGACUCAUGGUGGUGGUGGUGGUGUUGGUUCUGGAGGUGGUGGUGGAUGUGGAGGUUUUGAAGGAGGUGGUGGUUGUGAAGCUGAAGGUGGAGUUUGUGGUGGUGGAGGAGGUGGUGGUGGUGGUGGAGGUGGAGGUGAAGGUGGAGUUGGUGGUGGUGGUUGUGGUGGUGGUGGUGGUGGUGGUGGAGGAGUUGGUAGUGGUGGUGGUGGCGGUGGCGAUGGCGGUGGUUGUGGAGGUAGUGAAUGUGGUGGUGUAAGUGAUGGAGUUGGAAAAAAUUCAUUAAAGGUUCAUCUCUGCUUCUUUUGA